AUGUUGAAUUCUUCAGGAUUAGUUGGAAAUGAUACAUAUUUGAUUGGUUUGGAUAAAGAUGAUAAUCAAUGGUAUUGGAUUGAUGAUCAUAUGGAAUUGAAUUAUACAAAUUGUCGCGCAUUAGAACCAAAUAGUUGCUGCGGAAGGAAAGUGAAAUGUGUUGCGGUAAACUGGAACGGAAUAAUGAACAAUCAAUGGGACGGUAUCGAUUGUAAUAAUAUCCCUCCGGCAAAUUUCAUAUGCAAAAAGAAACUUUAA